AUGCUCCUUCCGUUUUCCCUGUCGUUAAUGUCCGUUCCGUUUUCCCUGUCGAUAAUGCUCCUUCAGUUUUCCCUGUCGUUAAUGUCCGUUCCGUUUUCCCUGUCGAUAAUUCCGUUUUCCCUGUCAAUAAUGGCGCCUUCCGUUUUCCCUGUCGUUAAUGUCCAUUCCGUUUUCUCUGUCGAUAAUGCUCAUUUCAUAAUGUCCGUUCCAUUUUCCCUGUCGAUAAUGCUCGCUCCUUCCCUGUCAAGAAUUCCGUUCCAUAAUACUCAUUCCGUUUUCCUUGACAAUAAGGCGCCUUCCGUUUUCCCUGUCGAUAAUGCCCAUUCCGUUUUCUCUGUCGAUAAUGCUCAUUUCGUUUUCCCUGUCGAUAAUACUCAUUCCAUUUUCCCUGUCAAUAAUGCUCCUUCCGUUUUCCCUGUAGAUAAUGUCCGUUUCGUUUUCCCUGUCGAUAAUGCUCGCUCCGUAUUCCCUGUCAAGAAUGUCCGUUCCGUUUUCCCUGUCGAUAAUGCUCCUUCCGUUUCCCGUUCUGUUUUCCCUGUCGAUAAUACUCAUUCCAUUUUCCCUGUCAAUAAUGCCCUUCCGUCUCCCCUGUCGAUAAUGCCGCUCCGUAUUCCUUUUGUCCCUUCCGUUUUCGAUAAUGCUCCUUCCGUUUCCCUUUCGAUAAUGCCCAUUCCGUUUUCCCUGUCGAUAAUGCCCUUUCCUUUUUCCCUGUCGAUAAUGCUCGUUCCGUUUUCCCUGUUGAUAAUGCUAGCUCCGUUUUCCCUAUCGAUACUGCUCGUUCGGAUUACUUUCCCCUUUGAAAACACAAAAUUUCAAAGAACUGGCACAUAA